GUUGAUGACCAAUGAGUCGGUAGGUCGUUGUUUGUCUCCACCACAUAUUAAAACAGCUCUACUGCCACAAGUUCUUUCAUCCGCCAGCAACCCUAGCUAUCAUGCAUGUGGAACUGAUGGAAGUCCGUAAAACAUUCGUACUUUCCAGUACUUCGCCGACUCGCCCCUAUCUAGGUCUCUGCUCCUGGCCUUGCGUAUAUCUGCCUUGGCGGAUUUGUUGUCGCGUUUUCUGUGGUUUCCUUGCUAGUGAGGGAGAAGGUAUGAAAGCUUGAGAAGCGGUAAUCGGCCUCGCUGACCCUACCAUUGCAUACCAGUUCAACGUCAACGAAGUCCUCCUCGGAACCAUUUUUGGAAUAGCCAUGGGUCCCUAUGGAGCUGAUAUCUUUAAUCCACGUUCAUGGGGGCCAUUGGAAGAGAAGAUAACCUUGGAGGUCACACGCGUGGUCCUCGCUAUCGGAUUAUUCAUCAUUGGCAUUGACCUACCAAAAAAUUACAUGUACAGGCAUAUCAGGGGUCUCUUGGUGAUGGUGGUACCUACCAUGGCUAUCGGCUGGGUUCUCAUUGCUGGAUUCCUCAAGAUGCUUUUCCCAAAGCUUGGGUUCAUCUCAUGCCUCGCGAUAUCGGCGUGUUUGACUCCUACUGACCCUAUUAUUUGUGCUUCCAUUGUCGGGGGCAAAUUUGCGGAACGAUAUGUUCCCCUCACUCUUCGCCAGUUACUGUCGGCGGAGUCAGCCGCAAACGACGGCCUGGCGUAUCCAUUCCUGACCAUUACACUGUUUCUUACCUUAGAAUCAUCUACACCGGUGGCAUUCGAAAAAUGGUUUCUGAUUGGAUGCCUAUACCAAGUUGUGCUCGGCACCGUUCUUGGGAGUGUUCUCGGUGUUACCUUCUCGUUCAUCAUGAAGUUGUCCAUGAGGAAAGGGUUGAUCGACACAGAAUCUUACUUGACACAGCAACUCGCACUUGGGUUGCUCACAAUGGGUAUCGUCAGUACCAUUGGUAGUGAUGACCUUUUAGCUGCAUUUGCCGCAGGAUCCGCUCUCUCUUGGGAUGGCAAGUUCAAUGUUCAUAUUGAGAACGAGACAUUCGCCUCUAUUAUCGACUUUGUUCUAAACUGUGCAUGCUUCAUCUACAUCGGAGCUUGGCUUCCGUUCGAGAAGUUCAAUUCGGAGGCGCUUGGAAUUGAGGUUUGGCGUCUUUUCGUCCUCCUGAUCGUUGUUAUCUUGCUCCGCCGAAUCCCUGCCCUGCUUUCUUUGGGCCCAUGGGUGCCGGAGAUUAGAGAUUGGAAGGAAGCCUUGUUUUGCGGUCAUUUUGGUCCUGUGAGAUUUUACUUUACUAGUUUGGAGAUGAAAGAUCUAAUAGGAACCAGAUGGGCGUCGGUGCCGUGUUUGUUUCGAGUCUGGCCCUUACCAAGCUUCCAAGACCUCAUGAUCCUCCGCAAAGCCAACCAGAAGUACUGGCUGCCAUGAUUCAACCUAUCGUAGCGUUCGUCGUGCUAGGGUCUAUCAUCAUACAUGGGCUCUCGGUGGCCAUUUUAUCGUUCGUUUGGGGUCGUAAUACUCGGACGCAAACCCUCAUUUCCGAGACCCCAAAUAAAGUCCAGGGCUUACCGAUAACUUCGGCAAUACCCUGUAGCUCCAAUCUUGAACUCGAAAACCCGAGAUUGCAAAUGGAUAGCAUUCGCCUCGAAUCAGAGUGUCGUUCACAAACGGCAAACGGCGACUCCGAUGAAAUAACAGCAACGAACGAAGUCCGGAAAUGACGCUGACAAUCUGGAAUCGGUUAGGACAGCUGAGAUGUCCAGGUCGAGUCAGAAUUCCCAGUCAUAAAGAACUGACUUUUUCCUGCUAGUGAUGGCGGGGAACAGCGAGCCGGCCGACUCGUUUGGGUUCAUGCUUGAAACUGCGUAGCGAGCAACCUUUUCUAACGUCGGUUCGCAAUCAUAUCCUUCUGGUAAUUUAAAGCACAUACAGUAUCUCUCUGUAAGGUUCACUUAGAAAUAUAAAAAGGAGAACUGAAUCGUCAGCCAAUUUUGA